UUCAGUCUUUUAAGAAAAGAUUUGGUGAUAUUAAAAAUCUAAAGUACGGGUUAAAAUUGAAUAAAAUGCACUUGUAUUUGGAAAAGUGACAAAAAUGAACGCUUUAUUUUUGUUUGCUGUAUGUGCAGUUUCGGCUUUAACAUCAGGUCGUGAGUAUAAAUGCAAGUAUCUACCAGGUAGGGUGGACUACACGCAGUUUAACCCUGUGUCGGACGGCACUCUAGACACCAGCCACAUAUCUGGAUUCAUACUCCAAGCAAAAGGCAAGAACGACGCACACAUCCUUCUUCAGAAGAGCCAGAGUGACUACAACAAUGACAUUGUGGAGAUUGUGCUUGGUGGGUGGGGUAACAGUCGGUCAGCCAUCCGAAACAAACAACAGGGACCGAGAUUCUCCACGUACAAGGGCGCUGUGCUGUCAUCCAGUUCUUACAAUUGGUUCUGGGUCACGUGGUCUGGGGGAUGUGUCAAGGUUGGGAAGGGAAGAACGAUGGGAAGCAGCCAAAUCAUGUCCUGGUGCUCACUCAGUCAUUCAGUGAGCGGAGUCAGGAUCAGCUACGGUUACGGAAGUGACGGCUAUUUUAAUAUUCCAUCGCAAGUAACAAAUGUUCAACAAUCUGCAGUAGAAGAGGGUCAUGUACUCGGCCACAGCGGCCCCUACGACGGGCUCGUCCGAUUCAACGACUCUGCCUCCUGGAACCAAGGACGUAUCAGCGCCAUACGAAUGCAGUGCGGCCAGUACCUGCUUGCCUUACAAGUCCAAUACAACGGAGUGUGGGCAUCUAAGCACGGAUUCUGGAAUGACAAGUGUUCGACCAACCAAUCGUGGACACCCACGUACUAUUUUGGAGAAGACGAAUGGAUAGAGCGUGCGGAGUUGACGGGCGGCAGAUACGCAUCUAGCAUCACCCUCACCACAAACAAGCGGCGGCUGGAAACAUGCGGGAUCCCCGCGGUGUCCCCCAGAUUCGUGGAGAGUGGCAGGCUGGAGUACGUCUCAGGGAUAUUUGGCUGCUACUUCGACCAAUUCCGGCUUCAUUGGUCAUCCUACCAAGAUGUUCAACAAUCUGCAGUAGAAGGGGGUCAUGUACUCGGCCACAGCGGCCCCUACGACGGGCUCGUCCGAUUCAACGACUCUGACUCCUGGAACCACGGACGUAUCAGCGCCAUACGAAUGCAGUGCGGCCAGUACCUGCUUGCCUUGCAGGUCCAGUACAACUUAGUGUGGGCACCUAUGCACGGAUUCUGGAACGACAAGUGUUCGACCAACCAAUCGUGGACACACACUUACUAUUUUGGAGAGGACGAAUGGAUAGAGCGUGCGGAGUUAACGGGCGGCAGAUACGCAUCUAGCAUCACCCUCACCACAAACAAGCGGCGGCUGGAAACAUGCGGGAUCCCCGCAGUGUCCCCCAGAUUCGUGGAGAGUGGCAGGCUGGAGUAUGUCUCUGGGAUAUUUGGCUGCUACUUCGAACAAUUCCGGCUUCAUUGGUCAUCCUACCAAGAUGUUCAACAAUCUGCAGUAGAAGGGGGUCAUGUACUCGGCCACAGCGGCCCAUACAACGGGCUCGUCCGAUUCAACGACUCUGCCUCCUGGAACCACGGACGUAUCAGCGCCUUAAAAAUGCAGUGCGGGCAGUACCUGCUUGCCUUACAAGUCCAGUACAACGGAGUGUGGGCAUCUAAGCACGGAUUCUGGAAUAGCAAAUGUUCAACCAACCAAUCGUGGACACCCACGUACUAUUUUGGAGAGGACGAAUGGAUAGUGCGUGCGGAGUUGACGGGCGGCAGAUACGCAUCUAGCAUCACCCUCACCACAAACAAGCGGCGACUGGAAACAUGCGGGAUCCCCGCAGUGUCCCACAGAUUCGUGGAGAGUGGCAGGCUGGAGUAUGUCUCAGGGAUAUUUGGCUGCUACUUCGACCAAUUCCGGCUUCAUUGGUCAUCCUACCAAGAUGAGGCGAUAGGGGGUCAUGUACUCGGCCGCAGCGGCCCCCACAAAGGGCUCGUCCGAUUCAACGACUCUGCCUCCUGGAACCACGGACGUAUCAGCGCCUUAAAAAUGCAGUGCGGGCAGUACCUGCUUGCCUUACAAGUCCAAUACAACGGAGUGUGGGCAUCUAAGCACGGAUUCUGGAACAACAAGUGUUCGACCAACCAAUCGUGGACACCAACGUACUAUUUUGGAGAGGACGAAUGGAUAGAGCGUGCGGAGUUGACGGGCGGCAGAUACGCAUCUAGCAUCACCCUCACCACAAACAAGCGGCGGCUGGAGACAUGCGGGAUCCCCGCAGUGUCCCCUAGAUUCGUGGAGAGUGGCAGGCUGGAGUAUGUUACCGGUGUAUUCGGCUGCUACUUCGACCGAUUCCAGCUUUACUGGUCAUCCUAUGUGUCUCCAUAAAUCAGCCAGAAAACACAUCGUGUACAUAGACCGAGAAACAUAUUGUGUAUUUAUAGUUCUUAAUUAACCAAUAGACCAAUCCUGAAUUUAUAUUUUUACAUAAACCAGGACAAAGCUCGUGUAUUUAUAACGACAAAACGUUUACGCAGCAUCCACAUUUUGUGAUAGAACACACAGUCGUCUCAGAUUUAACUUUAAUCGAGUAUACAUAUAUAAUUAUAGUCCUCUUGGCGCUUUUGCGAGAGAAAGUACUCGCAAAUGUUUAAAGGGCAGCAUAACAUGAGUCGUAUCAAAGUC